AUGAAGACACUCAACAUAAUCUCCCUUUUCAACCCUGUGUUGCUGUUGUGGGGAUUUUGCUUCAGUGUUGUCGAAACGAGGGCGAAAGGUGAGAUCCUAAAAUUUAAAAUUAUUGUAAUAACUUUCCCUUCUUGUAACGAUCAGUCGUUAGACAAAUUAUCCCGAGGUCAUAUUCCCAAAUACAUUUGACAGCAGUAGGAUUCACAAAGAUAGUGCGAGUGGUAGCACUGAGUCUCAUAUUUUUCUAUCUUCUUGUCAAAACAUUCCAUUAGUGAGGCAGUUUGGCACUAUCAACUAAGUUGAUUAACGUAAGUUGGCCACUGUUAAAAGUUUCAAAGUGGAUGUUCCGAGUGUAAGCCCUUCGUCUUUCGCCCUGGCGAAGGGCUAAAGCUCGAAACGUCCGCUUUCAAACUCUUUACGGUGGCCAAUUUACGUUAUCAACUCAGUUAAUAAUACCAAAUUACCCUGAUAUACUUUCCUACCGACGUAGCACCACAGUUUCUUUAGAAACUUGCCCCAUUUAUUCAGUACUCCAUAAAUGGUUCGCCACUUUUCAAGCAGUUACGACAAUUGUUGGACACUUUUUCAAGUUCCUGCAUUCUGAAUCAUAUAAUUAUGUCUUUGAAAUCCGUACAUGAUGCAGUGCAUCGUUCAAGUGAACACCGAGUGUCUCGUCACGAUAUUUCCGGCUCAGUUCUUUAUCAAGAAGGUCGGACAAGCGUAGGUAAGAUCAGAUUAAUUAAAUAUUAAAUAUCACAUAACAUCAUCAUAUCAUUAUCAUAUUAUUUGACUCAGUCUUGUGAAAGGUGUAAGAAGUUUUUAAUUGAAUGUCGAAGAUGUUCUAGGGUUGUUUUAGUCUCGCUUCAUUGGCUUUUACGAUUGUCCUCAAUUACUUGCGCCAAACUUUAAGCCAAUCAAAUGGAAACCAGCAGGUAACUCCUGCGCUUAAGGUAGCUGCACUGCGCUUAAGGUAGCUUCACUGCGCUUAAGGUAGUUUACUCUGAGUUCUGAUCAGCUCAGUGUGACAUUUAGGCAUGUUCUGAUUAGCUCUUUGAAAGCGCUCGAUCACUUUAAAGUCUGGUUUGUAAUUUUGGAAGGGAUGCGGAGUAAGUCUACAGUUUUAACCCAAAGUUGGAUUACAGUUACAAUUGAGGGUAAACAGUUAGAAACCAGUUGUUGGUGCGCUAGACUUCGCAUCAAAAUGUUCGGGUUUGAACGCUAGUCAGGGUUGUCGGGCUGUUCUUGAGCAAAACAAUUUACUCAUCCUUUUUGAGUCAAGAUUGGGAAGGUGCAAAGCUCGGUAAAACUUGAGAAAGUGCUGAAGAGCUCAGCAUUUUAUCCGGGGAGAAGAAAUUAAAGAUUUCUAGUAACACUACGUCAGUCAAAGUGGGAUAGACUUUGGCAUUGUGUACCAUUUUCCUCGUUUGUGAGACUUUCUUUGUUCUUUGCAAACGAGACAUUGGAAAGUAUUCAGUUGCUUCAAAAGAUAACAAAUCUGUACCAAAUAACACUAUUUUUCUCGCUUUUUCCAGUCUACACAUUAUCAGGAAACGACCACAACGCCCCUUGCGUUUUUCCAUUUUAUUACGACGGUAAGAACUACACAUCAUGCACCUACAAGGACUGCAAACAUAACCUGCCUUGGUGCGCAACAACCAACAACUACGACAGAGAUAAGAAGUGGGGUCACUGUCAGACAGACAAGGACGUAACCGAUUGCAUUGACCUUCACAGUCGUUGCGGAACUUGGGCGAUGGAUGGCGAAUGUGUAAUCAAUGCCCCGUACAUGUGUAAAAAGUGCCCACGAUCUUGCGGCUUGUGCACCCAUGGAGGAAAUGGGCGAGGAAAACCUUGCAAAUUUCCGUUUUUCUUUAAAAACAGACUCGUGUAUAACUGUCUACGCUUUAAUAAAAAAACAUGGUGUGCGACAACAACUGACUACAACAAGGACAAGAGAUGGGGCUACUGUUUUCCUAAAUGUAAGUUUUGAAAAAUAAGACGCAUUUUAUCGAGAAAUGAAUUGCAAUUAUCUUUAACUUUACCCAUACCCUAAAUGAUAGAUAUAUAAAAUUAAUUUUUUAGUAUAUCGUGAUAUAAGAGAAGUGAACGAGAAAUUUUUUCAUUGGGGAGAGUGUGACGAUCUAAAUGAUGAUUGUCGACAAUGGGCAAAGCAAGGAUUAUGUCAAAAGGAUCCUGAAGAAAUGAAAGAAAUGUGUCCAUGGAGUUGCCACAAGUGUGCGCCUAUGAAGUUAGGUAAGUACGAGGCUGUAGGGGCUUUCUCAGGGGCUCUCCUUCCUUUGGUUUUGCUUAACUUCGCUCCAUGAUUGGUCCCGAAAACUCACGCCACCUUCUCAACCAAUCAGAUUCAAAACCAAAACCAAUCGUGAUUUUAUCACUUACAUUGUUCCGCGCUUCAUGCAACUUAAACUUUAAAUUUUCAUUGGCUAACGAUGAUGUCGGCCUUCGCUCCGAUUGACUGCUGUGACUAUUUUGGUUUCGGUUUUCGAAACUUAACUAAAACAACUCUAUAUGGGAAUCGGCAUUGGGACCAGAUUUAGUUUAUAUAAUCUGCUGUCCUGGACUGAAAAUGAAAUUCAAUUUGAUUUACACUUUUGUGUCAUGGUGCGUCAACUUAUCCAUUUAAUCAUGAGUCUGAAGAAAGCCUUGAAAAAUUGUGCCUUUGAUCAUAACUUGCAAGGGCAUCCCCUAUCAACUUAUUUACAGUAUCCGAAAAUCGAAAAAAACUUCCGCAGGUAAAUAGAGGAUUUAUCGAUCCAGUGGCGAAAGUUAUCCGGGAUCUUUUUUUUUUUGUUUUACUUUGAUUCCAAUUGGUCCUGAAAACUCGCAUCAUCCUCUCAACCAGUGAGAGUCAAAACGAGUGUAAAUCGUGGCUUGGUUACCCGUGUUUCCCGUGGUUUUGGUAGUUUACCUAUUUCUACAAUGGGUUUUCAUUGAUAAACUACAUGAAAUUAUAAUCUCCUGCUCUAUCACAAUGGCUAACGGGAAAGGCAGGUGACCCAGCUGCGAUUGGUUUUUAGUUUUGCAUCUGACUGGUAGCGAGGACUGCGCAUGUUCUCUGGACGAAAACGGAGGCGUUUAAGAGCAAGCCUAAUGCGAUCGUGGAAUACUUUUUUAACCUUUUCUUAAUACCAACAGCUCUACAGAGACCUAUUUUUUUGGGCUCAGCGCUAUUCCAGACGCCAGCCUUGGGUCAUUUCUCGAAGCCAAACCUAGCGGUAACAUUAUCGUAUAUUUAUUAAUUUAAUGAAACUCAGGCUCAUGAAAUGCCUAUACCUCAUUCCAUCCUAGUAACCCUGAAAGGAUGCCAAGAUUACAGCUCAGCGUGUGCAGAAUGGGCCAGAAGAGGAGAUUGUGAAGAUAACACGGUGUUCAUGUUUGCAUUCUGUCGUUGGUCUUGUAAACAAUGCGCCAAAUCAACAAGUAAGCAUCUUUUUUUAAAAUAAGAGCCGGUCAUUAUUUAUCGCUAGAAGGGGGGGGGGGGAGGGGGUUGGGAUCUGAGGAUUUUGAUUGUGUCACAAUGAAAUUUACCUGAUCUGAUUCUCCCCUCCCCCAAGGCCUUUUAGUAAUCUAAUGACCCCCCUCCAGUUUGCAGUCAUAUUUCUAUACUCCCGGGCGCGUCCCCCUUUAUACUUUACUAGCGACGAUGGUUCCCCCUUCGUGAAAGGACUGAAAGAGGACUGAAAGAGAGAAAAAACUGAAAUGUGAUGGACCGAACGAUCCUUUUUGAAGUGAGGAUUUCUUUUUCCCUUCUUUUUUUUUUACUUUUGUCAUCUAGAUAUUUUUCGUGUAACAUCGCUAUAAGCCUUCAAAGUUACAACUGUUAGUUGGAAAAAGUCUCAAGGUCCCAAGGUAGAGGUUACACAGAAAGGAAAGACAGCAGAAUAUAAGUGAGAUUAAUUACUUUUAACAAAUAGUCAGCUGAUGACCCUGAUGGCCUGUUCUAUCAAAGAAAAGGUACACGCGGCGCACUCAGUGUGUCACUGAUACUUCAGAAAAGAAAAUACAAAAUAUCGUUAAUGGUGACGUCAUCUAUGCGUCUGUUAGUCAUAAGUAGGAACCAGUCCACAUAGAUGUAUGAUUCAGCUUUUCAUAGGACUAUUUAGUUGAAUAGUCGAACCUGCGUUAGAGUGACGCAACUUCGGUUUCUCUUACUAAAUAAUGUAUGAAUACUAUUUUUAGUUGAGAAGACAGCACGUGAUAGAAUGCCAAGAGGAUGCAGAUCGUGGGUGCGGAAUGGUGAUUGUUACCUUCACCAAGAGUUUAUGUUGCAAAACUGUAGGGAGUCUUGUAUGGCAGGGGGAUAUAAAAACGGUAAGUAAACCAAGAGCAAAUUCACGUUAUAGUCCAGUAAGUAACUUGCGCUUCCCCGAAAAAAGUGCGCGGCUCCUCACGACAAUCACUGUCUACUUGUUAGAGAAGAGUGCAGAGUGACGUCAAACGGAAACCACACAGAACUAAAAAAUAUUUGAAGCAAGAAGACGCAAAUGAAAAAGUUAAGAUAGUUUCAGUUUUUAGUAUGAUUGGUCGAGAAAAUUUCGCGAGUUAUCUGAACCAAUCAUAGAGCAAAAUCAAGGGAAGGAUAACCACCAAAGCAAUUCCGGGUUACUUUUGACACUCAUUUGAAAAUCUCUACUUCAAAAAAGGAAUAUAAUCGUUUGUCUGACGAUGUGGUCACUUCGAGUGUAGAUCGCGACGUUUCGACUGCAUACUGCUAGUCUUCUUCAGGCGAAAAUUUCUAUAUUUUGUUUCAGAUCAUUGAUUCAGUUAUGUGUUUAUGAUCAUUUUCAGGACGCAUGUGCUUAGAUGAGGUGGCAGAUUGCCAUAACUUAGCUAGAGAAGGAUUUUGCAAAAGCCGAAGUGCCAUGGGUAUUAUGAGACAAUAUUGCAAAUACAGCUGCGGAUGGUGUUCUUAAAAUGUACAGAAAUUAUGUCAAAAGCUGCUCCAAGAGGCCAAAAAGUAAUUUAAAACAGUGCGUGUGGUUAAAAGCCAAUCCCUUUCGCUCGUCUACAAUAUUUCUUUGGUAUCAGUCUCUUUACUGCGGGAGACCUGGGAACCGGAGAGCUGGCUUACAGUAACUUAGGUCGUGUUCUAUCGAUAUUAGUCGUUUAUGGUCUUUCGGUUGGUUGGCUCGGUUUGGUUUUCAAUUUUCCAUAAGGGAAAAACCAUUUUAAGUUGAUUUGGUUGAUCAACUCUUUCAAUCGGUC